AUGAAGUAUAUGCGCCUGGCCUCUGUGGCCGCUCUUCUAAGCGCCGCCACUGUCUCCGCCGGUCCAUUGCGCCUCCGCGGACAUGAUGAUGGAUACUGUCCAAAGGGCUACACUAUGAGCGUCUACUACAAGACCGUCCUGGUGGAAGCCGCCCCAUCUGCUACCUCUGUGGAGUCUACAGUCGCCCCUUCGCCUACCCCGGUUACUGUUGAGGCUCAGCCUACUGCAGAGCCCGUAGUGACUUCCUCAUCUGUCCCUGCUGUUGUGGAGUCUGAGACUACCGUCGCAGUGGCCCCGAUUGAGACUUUGACCUCUUCAAUCAUUGUUGUCGAGACUCCGGCUGCUGAGACCCCCGUGGCCGAGACCUCUGCUGCCGAGACCUCUGCUGUCGAGACCGCUCCUGUUGUAGCUCCCCUCCCCACUUCCUCGGUCGAGGAGACCAUUGUUGCCCAACCCACUGCUACCCCGGUUGUAGCUCCCCUCCCCACUUCCUCCGUCGAGGAGACCAUUGUCGCCCAGCCUACCGCUGCCCCGGUCGUUGAGACCGCUACCAAGGAAGCCUCCACUACGCAGGCUGCCACCACCACGCAAGCUGCUGCCACUACCCAGGCUACCGUCAAGGCCCCCGAGGUUGCCAGCACCUCUACCAAAUCUGCUGCAUCCUCGUCUUCCACCUCUCCUGCCUCCACGGGAUCUACUGGCGGAAGUGCAGGCGAAGCCACCUUCUACGGCGGCAACGUCGGCGGCGGAACCUGCUCAUUCUCCGGCUACACACUGCCCAGCCACCUCUUCGGCACAGCCCUCUCCCUCCAGCGCUGGGAUGACGCCGCCAGCUGCGGUAGAUGUGUUGCUGUCACUGGCCCAAGUGGUAACUCCAUCAAAGCCAUGAUCGUCGAUCAAUGCCCCGAAUGCGAAAGCAACCACCUUGACCUCUUCCAAGAAGCCUUUGCCGAGCUCUCGGAUAUCUCCGCCGGCAUCAUCGACAUUAACUGGUCAUACGUGCCCUGCGAGCUGGACGGUCCCCUCAAGCUCAAGAACAAGGAGGGUACCUCCGAAUACUGGUUCUCGAUGCAGGUCGUCAACGCCAACGAGGCCGUUACUGCAUUGGAAGUCAGCACUGAUGGCGGUAGCUCGUGGCAGGGUACCACUCGUACAUACUACAACUUCUUUGAGAACACUGCCGGAUUCGGAACCAGCACUGUCGAUGUGCGGAUUACCGGUGCCAGUGGAAAGACCGUUGUUGUUAAGGACGUCGGAUGCGAGUCCAGCAGUGAAAUCACUGCCACGUCGAACUUGUAA